AUGGCUGCCGCCUCAUUCAAGUUCUGUCAUUGCAGGCGGCACCCCGUGGUCCUCGAAUGGCGUGGCACCCAUAUGCCUCCAUGCCUUCGCCGACAUCAAGGCCAAGUCCUUCUCCUUGGCAGGCUACAGCAGCUCGGCAUUUCCGUCGCUGAGUCUCCAUUGCUGGCGAGAAGCCUUGGAAUACGUACGAGGCCCAAUGUUAGCUUUAUGACACUGUCCGCCCAGAACGGCGAGUAUGUCUCUGUGGGGGUAUUGCCCGUCGCCGCUUGCACAAUGUUCUUUGCUACCGUCGUGGCUUAUUACAUGGCAGAUCGUGCAUUAGGGCUGCGCACACCAGCAUCCGCGACAUCGCCACAGACGUAG